UGUGAUAACUGUCUGAACUCCGGGCUUUUUCUCUAUCGGUGAGGCAGCCGGGGCUCCGCGGAGUUGACAGUUUAUGGCACGGCUAGCCGCUGAGCUAGCUUCGGUUAGCCGCGCCGACUGUAGACGAGCGGCUUCACCCGAUACGACCUCCACGUAUGAGUGUGUGUAUUUGUUACCACCUAUGGAUAUCUGGUUGAUGGGUCGGCGCUGGGCGUGAUGCUCUUCGACACAAGACGCUUGGUUGAAAGGAAAAUCACAACUUUACAUCUUUACCUCUAAGGUUGCUUGACAGACAAGUUUUACUUAUGAUUACUUGAGAAAUAGCAGAGAAAGACAAGUUUAAUGCACUUGACUGCUGAGCCAUAGGAAUUGAAACAAAGUGCAGGUAGAAGAGAGAACGCACUGAGGGCAGUUUAAAGAUUUAGCUUGAUAAUAAAAGACAGCCUCAGCUGUUUGUGUCAUAUCAUGUCUCAGUUUUUAUUCUACACAUUCCCAAAUUUAUAGCCAGGGAUUUGAUCAUUUUGUGCUUGUGUCACUGGAAACAUUUAUUUGUUGUACCUUUUCUUUCACAUGCCGUGUGGAAGAAGUCUAGUUUGCUUAAAUGGAGAAUUUCAGCGUCAAAAGGGCAAAUUGUAGAGGACGCCAUUACCUCAGCAUCAACUGCAAAAUAGCCUAGCUUAGCUCAGCUCAGCUCAGCCCUGCUGGCCAGUCGGUGACUCCUCCUUCCCCUUCCCUCUUCUCCCACAUAGUGCCCCUCCACCCCUGUCUCUUUCAAGUGAGCUAUAAUGGCAUCGGUGCGCUUCACCGUGACGCCCACUAAGGCGGAGGACCUCCCAGGGGGGUCAGACCUGUCACCUGACAUCAGCCUGCGCUCCGGUUCCCGUGUGCGCUUUGAGUCAGACAGCGCCAACCGAAGUGACCCACUAAGCGAAGUUUCUGGAGGUGUGACGACGACUUCUGCAGGAGGAGGGGCUGACACCCCGGAUCACAGCAGCAUAGACCAAGGUGAGGGAAAUUCGAAAACCUCCAGUGUGUACAUCAACAGCAAUCAUCAGGUGGACGAUGACGACUUCUACGACAAAAACCUGGCCUUGUUUGAGGAGGAGAUGGACACUCGACCGAAGGUGUCCUCUCUCCUCAGCCGCCUGGUCAACUACACCAACCUGACUCAGGGGGCCAAAGAGCAUGAAGAGGCCGAGAGCAUCGGCGAGAAAAAGAAACCCAGCAAGUCGCCACAGAUGGGGACGCUGAUGGGCGUGUACCUUCCUUGUCUGCAGAACAUCUUCGGCGUCAUCUUGUUCCUGCGGUUGACCUGGGUGGUGGGAACUGCCGGCGUGCUGCAGGCCUUCUGUAUUGUUCUUAUGUGCUGUUGCUGUACAAUGUUGACCGCCAUAUCAAUGAGUGCAAUCGCAACCAAUGGAGUCGUACCAGCGGGAGGUUCCUACUUCAUGAUCAGCCGCUCUUUGGGUCCAGAGUUUGGGGGGGCGGUAGGCCUGUGCUUCUACUUGGGCACAACCUUCGCUGGAGCCAUGUACAUCCUGGGAGCUGUCGAGAUCCUUCUGAUGUACAUUGCACCCAGAGCAGCGAUCUUUGAAGGUGAAGGAGCAGCCAUGUUGAACAACAUGAGGAUAUACGGCUCCAUCUUUCUCCUCUUCAUGGCCUUGCUGGUUUUCGUGGGGGUCAAGUAUGUGAACAAACUGGCCUCUGUCUUCUUGGCCUGUGUCAUCAUCUCCAUUUUAUCCAUCUAUGUCGGAGCGCUGGUUUCUGCCUUCAGCGUGCCGGAUUUUCCCGUAUGCAUGCUGGGAAACAGAACUAUCAACGCUCAUGAUGUUGUUGACAACCACUGUAGUAAAACUGUCCUGGUUAAAGUUCCAGCUGAGAAAUUAGACAGCAACUUCACGAUUAACGAAAACAGCACAGUGGGCCCCACUUUUGACCCCAGCCAUGUCCCAGAGGUGAUGGUGGAGAAGACCACACAUCUUUGGAAGUUAUUUUGCCAUAACGCACAGCUCAACACCACCUGUGACGAAUACUUCACUUCAAACAACUUCUCUGAGAUUAAAGGGAUCCCCGGACUGACUAGUGGGGCCAUAUCAGAGAACCUGUGGAGUACAUACCUCCACAAAGGGGAUGUUUUGGAGAAAAGAUCCCUCCACACCUCUCAAGUUGCACACCCAGCCUCUGAUCGCUAUCCGUACGUGUUUGCUGACAUCACCACCUCCUUCACAGUGCUCGUGGGCAUCUUCUUCCCCUCGGUCACAGGAAUCAUGGCCGGCUCCAACCGGUCGGGGGAUUUAAAAGAUGCUCAGCGCUCCAUCCCCAUCGGAACCAUCCUCGCCAUCCUCACCACCUCUUUAGUCUAUCUGAGCAAUGUCGUGUUGUUUGGAGCCUGCAUCGAGGGGGUGGUCCUCAGAGACAAGUUUGGAGAUUCAGUUAAAGGCAAUCUGGUGGUGGGGACUUUGGCUUGGCCCUCGCCGUGGGUCAUUGUGAUCGGGUCCUUCUUCUCCACAUGUGGCGCGGGCCUCCAGUCUUUGACUGGUGCUCCACGACUCCUGCAGGCCAUCGCCAAAGACAACAUCAUCCCCUUCCUCCGGGUGUUUGGCCACGGGAAAGCUAACGGGGAACCUACGUGGGCUCUGCUGCUGACAGCUCUGGUAGCUGAGCUGGGGAUUCUCAUCGCAUCUCUGGACAUGGUGGCUCCUAUUCUGACAAUGUUCUUCCUUAUGUGUUACCUGUUUGUGAACCUGGCCUGUGCCCUUCAGACCCUCCUGAGGACACCCAACUGGAGGCCUCGCUUCUCAUACUACCACUGGAGCUUGUCCUUUCUGGGGAUGACUUUCUGCCUGGCGCUCAUGUUCAUAUCCUCUUGGUACUACGCAAUCGUUGCCAUGGUGAUUGCCGGGAUGAUCUACAAGUACAUUGAGUAUCAAGGGGCAGAGAAGGAGUGGGGAGAUGGGAUCCGUGGUCUGUCACUCAGCGCUGCCCGUUAUGCUCUGCUGAGGCUGGAAGAAGGACCACCGCAUACUAAAAACUGGAGGCCUCAGCUUUUGGUGUUACUAAAACUGGACGAAGACGCCCACGUCAAGUCUCCUCGGCUCCUGACGUUUGCCAGCCAGCUAAAGGCGGGAAAAGGCCUGACCAUUGUUGGCACUGUUGUCCCCGGGAACUACCUGCAGAGCUAUGGAGAGGCGCUCGCUGCUGAGCAGACUCUGAAGCACCUGAUGGAUAAGGAGCGCGUGAAGGGCUUCUGCCAGUGCAUCGUGGCUCAAAAGCCACGUGAUGGGAUCAGCCACAUGAUCCAGUCAAGUGGCCUGGGAGGAAUGAAACCCAACACUGUGGUGAUGGGCUGGCCUCACGCCUGGAGGCAAAGCGAGGACCCACAGUCCUGGAAGACCUUUAUCAACACAGUGCGGGUGACCACAGCGGCCCACCUUGCGCUUCUGGUGCCCAAAAACAUCUCCCUGUUCCCUAGCAACUCCGAGCCCUGCACAGAGGGCUACAUCGAUGUGUGGUGGAUCGUCCAUGACGGCGGGAUGCUGAUGCUUCUGCCUUUCCUCCUGCGACAACACAAGGUGUGGCGCAAGUGUUCAAUGCGAAUCUUCACAGUGGCCCAGAUGGAGGAUAAUUCCAUCCAGAUGAAGAAGGAUUUGUUAACCUUCACCUAUCAGCUACGCAUCGAUGCUGAGGUGGAAGUAGUGGAGAUGCACGACAGUGACAUCAGUGCAUAUACCUAUGAGAGGACGCUGAUGAUGGAGCAGAGGUGUCAGAUGCUCAGACAGAUGCGACUGUCUAAAUCUGAUCGGGACAGAGAGGAGAGCCCUAGCAGUAGCAGCAACAAUGGUAGGCCAGAGGCAGGUGGAGCUACAAGGUCUCAGGCGUAUCUUUCCCCCAGGUACAAAAGUCCUGGACCCUUCACGCCAAACACCUCCAGAGGAGACAGAGACAGACAGGCCCAGCUGGUGAAGGAUCGUAACUCCAUGCUGCGUCUGACGAGCAUCGGCUCAGACGACGAAGAUGACACAGACGGCGGCGAGCGAGACCGGGCGGCGAGCGGCGGCGGCGGCAGCGGCAGCUCUGAGCACCACCGCCGCAUUCAGAUGACCUGGACCAAAGAGAAGACCACACAAUACAGAGCGACGCACUCGGGCUGCUCCACCCCCGAGGGCUUCAGGGACAUGCUGAGCAUCAGGCCGGACCACUCCAACGUCAGGCGAAUGCACACUGCCGUCAAACUCAACGAGGUCAUCGUCAACAGAUCCCACGACGCCCGGAUCGUCCUGCUCAACAUGCCUGGACCUCCCAGGAACACCGAAGGAGAUGAGAACUACAUGGAGUUCCUGGAGGUCCUGACAGAAGGAUUGGAGCGUGUGCUGUUGGUGAGAGGCGGAGGAAGUGAAGUCAUCACCAUCUACUCCUGAUUAGACAAACACAGGAAGCCAGCAUCAAGCAAGCAGCCAGUCGUGCAGGAGAGAGCAGAGUGAAGACGAUGGGAUCUGGGAACCUGAAAAAGAGCGAUUGUCGAUUGUCACACUUCCCUGUCGUGGCGCUGGUUUCCAUCCCACAUGCUGUCCAAGCUACAAAAAUGCCAACACAAUUCCAACAAGGAGCAGAAACAAAAAUAAUAACAAGCUGUGUGUGUGUGUGUGUGUGUGUGUGUGUGUGUGUGUGUGUGUGUGUGUGUGUGUUUAUGUUUGACUCACCCACCCGAGGGUCCUCUGACUCGAUGAGGAAGGGAGCACUGUGGUGUUAGGAGCGAUUGCGUUUGGAGGGGCAGACCACAGAGGCUAACGGUGAGAGGCUGCGGAGCGGCCGACCCGCUGAUGAGACUCAGGGUUGUUUUUUGUACAGAAUGUAAUUUGGAAGCAGACAGCAGUUUUCUGUCAGAAUCAAGUAUGGUUUUCUUUUUGUUGCUUCUCACAAACACAUCUGUUUACUCUUACCAGCGUAUCGGUACUCUUUAUUUUCAUAUCCAGGAGUAUUUGCACACAACUGACGAGAAUCUGCUUUAUUAAGACGCACUGACAAGGAUUUAUUUUUUGAUUUUCGCUGCUACUACUUAGAAUUUAGUCACAACAGCCUUUAACAUAAAAAUGUUGGGUGUUUAAAAUUCAGACAUCUUACCUCAAAAAUGAAUUUAUUCAUAUCAGAUGAAUAUUUUAAUAAAUACAGCAUAUUAAGACAGAAUUUCAGGCUAUAUAUAUCAAAUUUAAAUGGAUAAGUAGAAAUUCUGAUAAGGUCUAUUUUAUUGGCAUUCAGCAGGACUAUGUUGUGUAAAAAUUUGAUAACACCUGAGUUUUAUUUACAUUUUUAAAAAUCAAAUAAAAAUUCAAAGGUACUUUUUGUAAAUUCCUGUAUUUUAAAAAAUAGUUUGAAACAUCAAAAAUUAACUAAAGUGACAGCCACGCAGGCCUUGUGUUGCAGGGUCAGUGUAACCUUUAUUAAUUAUUACUAUUAUUAUUAUUUCUUUUUACUGUGGCGCCAGGCCAAAGGCAAUGCACGUUGAGGAGGAGGGGGUGGGACUAAAAAUAAAAGCGGCACCUACCUGCAAACAUCCCACUGGUGAAGUGCUGCCCCCUGGUGGUAAGUUUUAGCUCAUUUUUGCAGAGGGUAAUUACAAGAAUUCCCCCUUCAGAACUUCCAUAAUUAGAAGAAAACCUGUCAGAGCUCAGUUUAAAAUCACAAGGUUUAUUCCGGAAACCCAUCAAACCUUGCUGACACAGCAGUGUCCACUUCUUCUUUUUUCUUUUUUUUUUUUUUUAAUUGCUUAAAGAGGAUUUCGGUCUUAUGCACCACAUUCACAGCUGUGGAUGUGACACCAAAAUGAAACCAGUGCAAAGGAAAUGGUCAGAGGUUUUCUCUCUGCUCUCUCGUUUUCUCUCAGGCCCACGCUGGACUGCACCUGAAUAGUUAGUAAGUUAUUCGACGUUAGCGUAGAGUUCAGUUUAGAGAUUGGGGGGGGGGGCUGGGGACAGUUUUUGGUUGUUGCCAUAACGACCUUGUAAAGGGAAACAGUAUUGUGGAGACACUGGACCAUCGUGGAGAGGACCACCACACUUCAUGUGUAUACAUUUUUAUGUGUGAGUGAA